AUGUCUGAUCGACACCCGCAAGUGUUUUCGUCGCCUAACGUCGAGAGGAAACUGCUGUGGGCUCAGUCUGAUCUGAACGGCUCGCUAUCUUCGAAAAUGGGUGACUUCUACUUACAUACGCCUACAGUCAACCAGAACGCCUCGUUCCCACAGACUCCGUAUAUCCAGCCUCCGCAGACUCCUGGCUUCCACUCUCCUGCGUCGUUCCAUACCCCAGCGUUCUCGGGCGUUCAGUCUACUCCUGUUUCUGCUGGUGCUUUUGCUCCUGCUGGCUUUGAGAAUGGCCAUGCUAACCCUGGGCCCCCAGACCGUCUACCUCGGGAACUUCGCUACUCUCCUGGUGGAGACAACCAGCUAGACAUGUCUGGUGGUCUUAACAUCGCUUUUGAGGGUUUUCUGACCCAUGGUCCUGGCCAUGGAGGCCAUGAGCAUUCUACUUCCGUGGAUACUAUCCCAGAAGAAGACUUGCCUAAAAUGCAUGAUCAUCAUGACCUGCUGAGCCAGUUGGGCCAGCACGAUCAGUUCUCAGGUGGUCUUCUGCCCGGUACGCGUACUCACGGCAACCCUGCCUACCAUGGCUAUUACCAGCCAGAGACAUUUGUCAAACAAGAAGGCUACCUGCCAAAGACAUUUGGCCAUGUGAAACCCGAGGACUUUCUGCCUGAGAAGUUUGGCCAGCUUAAGCACGACGACUUUCUGCCUAAGCCGUUUGUCCAGCUUAAAAACGAAAACUACCUGCCUUCGCUUUCCCAGGGUCAGCUGCAUCAAACAUCUCCAUUCACCCAUAAGGCGCUGCAUUCUACGGUUGCCAGCGGCAACGAGCCUAUCACCAUUGAGGAUCUUCUUAAGGAGGAACCAUUUGGUGCCCUUGAGAAGCCUGCCUCUUUCUCUUGCAUAGACGAUGGCGACGACGACCUGCUAUCGCUGUUUUUCGACUUUGAAGACGAUACGCCGACAAAGAAAACACCGCCUUCCACAAAGCCUCGUGCCUCCAAAUCAGCGUCUACGCCUACAAAGCCGCCUCGUCACAAGAUUCCUACGUUCAGCGCUGUUGCUUCAGACAAUAGCACCUCCAAACAAGUCCGCAAGUGCAAGUCGUUCUCCAACUCCCAGAAGUUCUCCUCUCAGAACGCGGCUGGUCCAGCGUUCUCUCUCGAGGAGUGCUCCAACGAGUUCCAUGUUACUGAGGGCAACUACUCGUUCCAGGACGAAACUGACCGACUCAGCAUGCAAUUGGGGCCCGGCUUGGCCCCGAAAAAGAACGCUUCACGCACCGCCAAUGGCCAGUCCCGCCCGGUGCUUAAGAAAUCAAAAACUACAUCUAAUUUAUGUCUGCCUCGCUCUGGGUGCCGCAGUCCCAAGGUGUUGAAGAACAUGGAGCUGGGCCUUGUCUCGUUCCAAGUUAAGUUGAAGAAUUCGAAAUAA